AUGUUCCUCCGCCAGCUGAUUGCUCUCCUGAGCCUGCUCAGUGGGGCCCACUUGCCCACAGGCUUUGGGAGGCCCGGACCCCAGGGGCCCCCAUCUCGGCUCUGGGCUGCCACCAAUGAGACCCGGGCUCUGGGCCGAGGGGUCCCAGCCUCCCAGGUGCAAUCCUCUGCCCUCAGCAGCUGGAGGGCCUUCUUGGGUCUGCAGAAAACUGGCCGGCUGGGGAGAGGUAGUCUGCAGCAGGGGCAGGAAGCGGCCCCCACCAUGUCUCUGCCCCUGGACCCGCACGAAGUGACCCGGGAGAGGUGCGAGGCUGUGCCGUUCACCCAGGUGAUCUCCCAGCCCGGCUGCACGGCAGUUCACCUCCGAAACCACCUGUGCUUUGGCCACUGCUCGUCCCUCUAUGUCCCCGGCUUGGACCCCACCCCACUCGUCCUUUGCAACAGCUGUGUGCCCACUCGAAAGCGCUGGGUACCCGUGGUCCUGUGGUGUCGGGCGAGCGGCCCCGGCUCCCGUCGACGGAUGAAGACGUCUACUGUGCUGGUUGAAGGAUGUCAGUGCAGCCCGAAGGCGUGAUCUGAGCACGAUGGAGGGACACGCAAAUGUGCACAUCUUGGGGAGACGGGGGCAGACGCGCCCAGAAAGAUGCCAACCUGGAUCAUGUACGCUGGGUCAAGAGACUAGGGACACAGGGACAGACUGACAGGUCUCCAGCGUCCCUGCCCUGCUCCCAGGGACACCAGGCACGUCCCCAGCUGUGGGGGUGGGCCGCUCAUAAUCAUAGCACUCAGUUUACCAGGCCCUGCGCUAAGCGUUUGACACACGCUGACUUACGUCAUCCCCGAAGCAGCCCAAUGAGAUGGGGGUUAGUAUCACCCUAUUUUACAGAGAAGGAAACUGAGGUUCUAAGAGGCAAAGCCACUCGCUCAGGUCCCACAGCAGUAAGUGGCAGGUCUGGCAUUCGAAUCCUGGACAGUGUGGCACCCAACGUUGACCCCUAGGCUGGACCUCCUCUCCCAGAAUGAAAGACACGCUCCCAGCUACAGGGAGGACAGAUGGUCCCACAUGGACCAGGAGACACAGGGAUGACCCCGUCCUAGGGACCCCCCCCCAAGAAACCAAGACAGGGAGGCAGACAUAGCUGCUGGGGGAGACUUGGGCCCCCCCAAGUCAGAGGCAGGACCCGUGUGA